AUUCUUGCAAGUGCGAGAAAAGGUCAAAAUUAAGAGAUGCUAACCUAGAAUUCUGAGGGGGAAAAGUCCAUUUACCGUUGCAUUAACCUGUAUUAUGCGUAUUUUGUGGCAGAGUUGAAGACCUGUAUAGAGAGAGAAACUCAUAAUCAGACAGACACACAGGUUAGUGUUUGUCCUCCCCAGCGGCUCGCUAUGGCGGAGGACGAGCAUCUCUCGGCCGAGGACUACGCCGCCGAGGCCAUGGCCGCCGACAUGGACCCCUGGAUUGUCUUCGACGCCCGCAAAACGCCCCGAGCCGAGUUCAGCAGCUGGCUGGAGUCCAACCGGCCCUCGCAGGUCAGCCGCUGUGGGGCCGGGGGGCCGGUGGGCUGGAUCGCGGUGCGUGGGCCGCAGUACUGCGAGGAUGCCGGAGACGUGGAGGGGCUGCAGGACAGC